AUGAAGAGCUCGUGCGUAGUUGUCUUUUCCUUUAUUUUGUUUGUUGUUUCGCAGAAAAUUUGCGUUUGCUACAAAAAUCCUCGUUUCAGUUCCUUGGCGGCCAAGUCGGAAAAGGAAUUAUCGGAUGAUUUGAAGGAAUUGAACCAAUUGAACGAAGAACUAAUUUCGAACGAAAGAGAAGAUGAAGAUGACGACGAGGAUGACUAUGAAGAGGAGAAUCUCGAAAAUUCCAAUUUUGAUGACAUAGCUCGGGAGAGCCUGGAAAAUGCCGAGGGACAGGCAACUGUUGAUCUUGAAAAUGUAGAAAUGGAUAAACUCCUGGACGAAGAAAUAUUCAGGAUAAUUCAGGAACGACUGAUAAAGUUAUGGUACAUUGGAAGUUGCAGGAGGGACUACUCUGGUGUCUGUCCUUUGGGAUGGAAAGUAUCCGCUUAUGAUGAGAACCUUUGUAUCCCACCUGAAACAUAUGAAGGACCAUGCAGAUCGAUAGAUUUUUCGAACAGCACUAAUGUCGACAAGGAGCUUUUCGCUUGGAAGUGUCAAGUGGAGUGGCCCUGCACGAACCACCCCAAAUUAAGAGUCAUGGAAAAAUGCCCCUUCAGAUGGACCCUCGUGGGCAGUAAUUUGUGCAUAGCACCGGAGGAUUAUAUUGGGAAAUGCUCCCCCGCCAUGGACUUCGCAAAUUACGAUUACGAGACACGCGUUAGAUGGGCCACUGAAUGUAACGUCCAGUGGGCUCCUCUAAUUCCAUCUAAGAUUGCAAAAUCGAAGGAUGGAAUUUUGAGGGCCUCCUCCGGGGGUCCGGUGGAAGAAAGUGGAAACAUUAUAAAAAUCGUCUCAAAAAAGUGA